AUGUGCACGCUGGAAUCCAGAUAUAGUCGAGUCCAAAUGUCUUCCAAGGUGGAAGCGUCUCCGCCGCCCCUUCUCCUCCCAUCGCCGCCCCCUCCUCCUCCUCCCACCUCAGUCGCCUCCCCGGCUUCCCCUAGCCGCCGCCUCCUCCUCCUCCUCCUCCUCCUCCCAUCUCAGUCUCCCCCCCAUCGCAUCUUGUCCGCCGCCGGUGCGGAGGCGAGCUUCCCGGUGACGGCGGCGGUGCUGGAUUCAAUCUGCAGGAGAGAGAGGGAGGUGUGGCUUCGGAGGGUCUCCGCUGGCGUCGGCCUGCGCCGGAGAGGUCGGGCGCGACCUGGCGAUUGGAGUUUGGAGUUCGUGCACUGCUGCCUCUUCCGCCAAGCAGGAGGAGCACGAGGAAAAGUUCAAGCUCAUACAACGAUGCUGUUGUUUUCGACCUCCAAGGACACGUGCCGGCAUCCGGGUACGCAAGCAACCAAUACAACCACGACAUGGUGCAGUCGGCCUUCUCCGACGAGCUUCCGCCCCUGCAUCAACAGCAGCACCGCGCUGGCUGUUGAAGCAUCGAGUUCAACAGCGGUGCUGCAGGGGAGGGGGAGGAGGCCGGCUACAGGGGGAAGGAGUAGGCCGGUGAGAAGGGCAAGUGGCAGGGGACAAGUAAUCUGCUCUAAUUAUCAGUUUCUUACAAUUUGUAAUAGCGAAACUCUUGCUUCCUUGCCCAUAAGAGAAAAUACACCAAUUUUUUUAUCACCUUAGCUUGUCGAUGGCAUACCACCCUGUACUGUGAGCCAGCAAUCGAUCUGUGAGCCCUCUUGCACUAUAUUAUGUAUCAGGGUUGUAACACUAUUAUAUUUGGGAGGACGCUCUAAGUGGAAAGUACGGAUAUGUUUCAGAGAGUACGGAUAUGUUUCAGAGUGUUGCAAAGUAAAAGUUGGUAUGGUGCCAGCCUAGGUGAUGUAGUCCAAAAGGAAUCUCUCGAGUUUAUGAGUUGAUAGUAUAUUUGAAUCUCUUGGGCUGUUGUAGAUUUUGUUCUUCCCCACUUCUAGAUCUUCCACAAGUAAAAGUUGGUAUGGUGCCAGCCUAGGUGAUGUAGUCCAAAAGGAAUCUCUCGGGUUUAUGAGUUGAUAUUAUAUUUGAAUCUCUUGGGCUGCUGUAGAUUUUGUUCUUCCCCACUUCUAGAUCUUCCACAAGUAAUCUUUUUAUUUUCUAAAAUAUGUAUGUUCGCUCAUUGGAC